UCCAGUGUCCACAACCGCUGCAGCAGCCGGCUCUAUACACUAUACAGUCAGCCGGACCCGCGAAUUUCCACACUGAUAACUCUGACAAAACGUGUUUCUUAUCAAUUCAAAGUUCAAAACCGCCUCUGCAGUCUGUUGGCUGUUGGUUGCUGUUACCAGCAAAUAGUGUGUGCUGUAUGCUUGUACAGUGAACUGUCGCGUGUGAUAUACAUGUACCCGUCGGGCGUCAAUCGGUAUUCGGUAUUAUAAUACAGUAAACGACUGUCUCGUCUGGUCCGACUUGGAUUCCAAAUACUAAUUUCUUGGCCGUCGACGUGUACGUUUGUGUAUGUCCUUAUCACGUUUUUAUUUUCACGUGCAGUAUAUUUAAUAGUAUAGAGAAGAAACAUAUUUAUAUAUACAUACAUAAUAAUAUUUUACUAUAAAGAAUUUCAAACAAAACGCGUCGUAAAUUAAAAAUAAAAUCCCAAGUAAGUCGAUGCUGUGCAUAUACCUAUUAUAACCGCAAUUAUAAGGUACUCGACGGCCAAACCAGUUUGCUGAGUAUUGUCGUUAAACAUAAUAAUUCGUCUAUACCGCAUAUUAAUAUCGUUUGGCCGUUUUAAAAAACCUACAGAAACUCAAAAAUGAGCGAUACGUUUUUUGGAGGUAUUGAAGGUGGAGCUUCAGUAUCGACUGUCGUCAUCACUAACGGCAAUGGUGAUAUUUUAGCCGAGAUCAAAGGAGAUGGUACAAAUCCCUGGAUACUGGGAAUUAAACCAUGUUUGUCUCGAGUUAAUGACUUAAUCAAAGAAGCUCUCUCCAAAGCUGAUCUCAACAAUAAUAUCAAGCUUAACGGAUUGGGCCUUAGUUUGAGUGGCUGUGAAGAUGCUGUAUUUUGUAAAACCAUUGAAACCCAAUUAAAGGAGCUCUAUCCUGAACUUACCAAUGAUGUUACCAUAGUUAGUGACACUUUAGCUCCAAUUGCACUUGCUUGUGAAUCUGGUGGAGCUGUUAUUAUUUCCGGCACAGGUUCUAAUAGUCUUUUAAUGAAUCCAGAUUCUUCAAUAAAAAGAUGUGGAGGCUAUGGUCAUCUACUAGGAGAUGAAGGAAGUGCAUAUUGGAUAGCGCACAAAAGUAUAAAAAUAUGUUUAGAUCACAUAGAAGAUUUUAACUAUGCACCAAAUGGUUACUCAAUCGAUAAAGUCUGGAAAGCUAUCAAAGAACAUUUGAAAAUUGAAACAGUACUUGAUUUAUUGGGUGAAUUUUAUGGUGAAAAAAUGGAAAAGUCCAGAAUAGCUAGUUUAUGUAAAACAUUAGCAGACUUGGCAAAUACCGGAGAUAAGUUAAGUCAGUGGCUUUUUGGGGAAGCUGGGAAGGAACUUGCUAAAUUGGUGCAAUCGCUUUAUCCGAGUGCUCAUAAAUUAUUACUUAAGGAAAAUGGUGGAUUACAUGUUGUAUGUGUUGGCUCAGUGUGGAAAAGCUGGUCGUUGCUCAAAGAAGGAUUCAUAUCUCAACUCGAAUACAACAAAUCGAAUAGACUGAUAGUCCAGGAAUUCACUUUAGUAGUGUUGGAUAAAACUGUUGCUCUAGGAGGCGUCUACCUUAUUGCUAAAAAAUUAAAUUAUAAUUUCCCAUUUGAUUACGAGCAUAAUUACAAAAAACUUUUUCAUUAUGUGCAUAGCCAUUAAAACAUAUAGUGAUAUACAUGUUAUAUUAAAUUAAUGUGCCAAAUUGAUUUAGUUAUAAAACGCAAUAUAAUUAAUAAUUAUACCAUAGUUUUAAUUUUGUUUAAGAAUUUGUUUGAAUUUUAUUCUAUUGUUAAUUAGUUGUUGAUUAUUAUUAUUAAUUUUAUUAUUAGUAUUGUCCUUAUAAAAUUCACUCGUUUUAGUGUGAAUACAUUUGAAUAUAAAAUACAUAUUUAUUAUUGCACUCACGAGUUAAAUUAUAGGACAGAUUUUGAAUUGGUUAUUUUUUUUAAAUUAAAUUAACAAUCUAUUAGGUUUAGAACGCUGCCAUCUCAUGAUGGCAGCAUUGGGCCUCUGUGGCCCGUUAAGCUACAUUUUAGGCUAUAUUUUCAAUUCACAUAUCACAUCGUUUUUGUUUUUAUUAUUUCUAACUAUCUAAGUGAUGAAUUAGUUAAGUUAAAUAACAUUUAACCUUUAAAAUAUUGUAUAAUAAGGGGCCAAUCAAAGUUAAAUAAAGAAUUAUUUAUAAA